ACAUGGGGAACCUUCUUAAAGUGUUGACUUAUAACGAGCUUGACCAAGGCCCUAGUUUUUUCCUUGACUUUGAACAUGCACAGCCCACGGAAGCCGAGACAGCAGUAUGGAACCAGGUGAAUGCAGUCCUGGAAGAGGCCCAGACGAUCCUGGCGGAAUUGCAGUCCUACACAGGAGCCGGACAAGAGAUUAGAGAGGCAAUCCAAAACCCCAGUGACUUGGAGCUGCAAGAGAAAGCAUGGAAUGCUGUCUGUCCUCUGGUGGCAAAGCUGAAGCGAUUUUAUGAGUUCUCCCUGAGACUUGAGAAUGCUUUGCGGAGUUUGCUGGAAGCCCUUACCAGCCCGCCGUACGCGCCGACUCAGCACCUGGAGAGAGAACAAGCCCUAGCCAAGCAGUUUGCAGAAAUCUUACACUUCACUCUCAGUUUCGAUGAGCUCAAGAUGACCAAUCCAGCCAUCCAGAAUGACUUUAGCUACUACAGAAGAACUAUCAGUCGAAACCGAAUCAACAAUUUGCAGUUAGAUGCAGAGAGCGAAGUGAACAAUGAAAUGGCCAACCGGAUGUCCCUGUUUUAUGCAGAAGCCACCCCGAUGCUGAAAACUCUGAGCAAUGCCACAACAAAGUUUGUUUCAGAGAACAAAACUCUUCCCAUAGAGGACACGACCGAUUGCUUAAGCACCAUGGCCUGUGUCUGCCGGGUGAUGCUGGAAACUCCGGAGUAUCGGAGCCGGUUCACCAACACGGAAACCCUCCUCUUCUGCAUGCGAGUGAUGGUGGGGGUCAUCAUUCUCUAUGACCAUGUCCAUCCCGUGGGGGCUUUUGCCAAGACCUCCAAAAUAGAUAUGAAAGGAUGCAUCAAGGUCUUGAAGGACCAGCCUUCCAAUAGCACAGAGGGACUCCUCAAUGCACUGAGGUACACCACUCGACACCUCAACGAUGACACCACAUCCAAGCAGAUCCGGGCCUUGCUGCAAUGA